AUGCAAAUGCCCAGCCAACCAGGCGGUUUCUGGGACAAGGAUGCUGUUGAAAGUAACAGGACGGUCCCGUACUCUGGAACAGUUACAGACAUAGAGCUAAAGCGACUGAAAGAUGCUUUCAAGAGAACCUGUGGACUCUCCUAUUAUAUGACUCAACAGUGUUUCAUCAGGGAAGUUCUUGGUGAUGGAGUCCCUCCAAAAGUUGCUGAGGUUAUCUACUGUUCAUUUGGAGGAAUAUCCAAAGGGCUGCACUUCAAUAACUUGAUAGUCGGGUUAGUUCUACUUACAAGAGGCAGAGAGGAAGAGAAAGCAAAAUACAUUUUCAGUCUCUUUUCUAAUGAAUCUGGGAGUUAUGUUGUCCGUGAAGAGAUGGAGAAGAUGCUGCAUGUUGUUGAUGGGAAAGUCCCAGAAUCACUCAAGAAAUGUUUCUCUGAGGGUGAAAAGGUAAACUAUGAGAAGUUCAGGGUUUGGCUAUUGCACAACAAAGAUGCUUUCACGUUUUCCCGCUGGCUGCUGUCUGGAGGGGUGUAUGUGACACUCACUGAUGAUAGUGAUACCCCCACCUUCUACCAAACCCUGGCUGGAGUCACACACUUGGAAGAAUCUGACAUCAUCGAUCUUGAAAAACGAUACUGGCUGCUAAAAGCUCAAUCAAGAACUGGACGUUUUGAUUUAGAAACAUUUGCCCCCUUAGUUUCCCCUCCUAUUCAUCCAUCUCUGAGUGAAGGUUUGUUUAAUGCUUUUGAUGAAAACCGAGACAAUCACAUAGAUUUUAAAGAAAUUUCCUGUGGGCUCUCAGCAUGUUGCAGGGGACCCUUGGCAGAAAGACAGAAGUUUUGCUUCAAGGUUUUUGACAUUGACCGGGAUGGUGUGUUGUCUCGCACUGAACUCAAAGAAAUGGUGGUUGCACUUUUAGAGGUCUGGAAAGAUAACCGUACUGAUAAAAUAUCUGAAUUGGACAUGGGUUUGUCUGAAAUUGUAGAAGAUAUCUUGAAUAUGCAUGAUACCACAAAGCUUGGACACCUCACCCUGGAGGACUACCAGAUAUGGAGUGUGAAGAGUGCACUUGCCAAUGAAUUUUUAAAUCUACUUUUUCAGGUGUGUCAUAUAGUUUUGGGGCUACGACCUGCCACUCCAGAAGAGGAGGGACAGAUCAUUAGAGGCUGGUUAGAAAGAGAAAGCAGGUAUGGCCUUCAGCCAGGGCACAACUGGUUUCUUAUUGCAAUGCCAUGGUGGCACCAGUGGAAGGAAUAUGUCAAAUACGACGCAAACCCUGUUGUGAUAGAACCUUCAUCUGUCUUGAGUGGAGGUAAGAAUUCACUCGUAGCUGCUGCAGCCAAUACUUCAGAACAGGGAGAAGACAAAAUGGGAGGUCUUAAUUACUUCAGUGCAACAGAAGAAAAGUUUUCAGAUAAUAUUUCUACUGCAUCAGAAGCCUCAGAGACUACUAGCAGCAAUACUCUGUACCCUGGCACACCAGGGACUGAUGUAUGUUUUGCUAGGCAGCAUAAUACUUCGGACAAUAAUAACCAGUGUUUCCUUGGAACCAACGGGAAUACUUUGCUACAGCUUAAUCCUCAGAAACCAGGAGCUAUUGAUAACCAGCCCCUAGUAACACAAGAACCAGUGAAGGCUGCAUCAUUAACAAUGGAGGGUGGAAGAUUAAAGCGAUCUCCACAACUGAUUGAAGGAAAGGACUACAUAAUGGUGCCAGAACCAGUUUGGAGAGCACUUUACCAUUGGUACGGAGCAAAUCUGUCCUUGCCCAGGCCGGUGAUCAAAAACAGCAAAACAAAUGUGCCUGAACUCGAGUUAUUUCCUCGCUAUCUGCUCUUCCUGAGACAGCAGCCUGCCACUCGAACACAGCAGUCAAACAUCUGGGUGAAUAUGGGUAUGAUGAGCCUGAGAAUGUUUCCUCAGCAUUUACCUAGAGGUAACUUAAGAAUGCAGCAAGAAUACAAGUGUGCAGUUUCUAAGAAAGCAAGACCCCCAGCUCUAGAAGCUUGCUGCCACUGUGCUUGUACACCAGCUAAUCAACUGCUUCUGUUGGCACAGAAGCCAACCACCAUCCAGGAUCUUUUUCAAACGAGUAUGUUAAGAAAUCACAAUGAACAAGCAGAAUGUAUCCCUCCGAAUCAUCAAGUGCAUAACUAUCUUACUUUGUUGGAUGAUGAAGAUCACAGACUGGAGUAUCUUAAAAUCCAAGAUGAGCAGCAUUUAGUAAUAGAAGUUCGAAACAAAGACAUGAGCUGGCCAGAGGAGAUGUCUUUUAUAGCAAACAGCAGUAAAAUAGACAGACAUAAAGUUCCCACUGAAAAGGGUGCCACUGGAUUGAGCAAUCUGGGUAACACGUGCUUCAUGAACUCCAGUAUCCAGUGUGUCAGUAACACGCAACCUCUGACGCGCUAUUUCAUCUCAGGAAGGCACCUUUAUGAACUUAACAGGACAAAUCCAAUAGGCAUGAAAGGACACAUGGCCAAGUGCUAUGGGGAUUUGGUUCAGGAGUUGUGGAGUGGAACUCAGAAGAAUAUAGCACCGUUAAAGCUGCGGUGGACAAUAGCAAAAUAUGCUCCAAGAUUUAAUGGCUUUCAACAGCAAGACUCGCAGGAGCUUCUGGCUUUUCUUUUGGAUGGUCUUCAUGAAGAUUUGAACAGAGUUCAUGAUAAGCCAUAUGUUGAACUGAAAGACAGUGAUGGUCGACCAGACUGGGAAGUAGCAGCAGAGGCCUGGGAAAACCAUCUGAGAAGAAACAGAUCCAUCGUUGUAGAUUUAUUUCAUGGGCAGCUGAAGUCACAAGUAAAAUGUAAAACUUGUGGACAUAUAAGCGUUAGAUUUGACCCUUUUAACUUUUUAUCCUUGCCUUUGCCAAUGGAUAGCUACAUGCACCUAGAAAUUACAGUAAUUAAAUUAGAUGGUACUACUCCUGUUCGGUACGGCCUGAGAUUGAACAUGGAUGAGAAGUAUACAGGUUUGAAAAAACAGUUAAGUGAACUCUGUGGGCUAAAACCAGAACAGAUUCUACUUGCAGAAGUGCAUAGCUCCAAUAUAAAGAACUUUCCUCAAGACAACCAGAAAGUCCGGUUAUCAGUGAGUGGGUUUUUGUGUGCAUUUGAAAUACCGAUUCCAGGAUCACCUACAUCAGCAUCAAGUCCUGUGCAGACAGAUGUCUCAACGGGGCCAUCAGCUAAUGGGGCACCCAAUAUAAUGAUGAACGGGGACCUUCCUAAACCAACCCUAAUUCCAAACGGAAUGCCAAAUACUGUAGUGCCAUGUGGAACAGAGCGUAACCUUGCCAACUGGACUCUCAACGGCCACGUGCCCUCGCUGCCUGAUAGUCCAUGUACAGGGUAUAUAAUUGCAGUCCACAGAAAAAUGAUGCGGACAGAAUUAUAUUUUCUUUCAUCUCAGAAGAAUCGUCCCAGUCUCUUUGGAAUGCCACUAAUUGUUCCUUGUACAGUUCAUACACGGAAAAAAGACCUGUACGAUGCAGUGUGGAUCCAGGUUUCCAGGCUUGCUAGCCCCCUCCCGCCUCAGGAAGCUAGUAAUCAUGCCCAAGACUGUGAUGAUAGCAUGGGCUAUCAGUAUCCGUUCACCUUAAGGGUAGUUCAGAAGGAUGGAAAUUCUUGUGCUUGGUGUCCAUGGUACAGAUUUUGCCGUGGCUGUAAAAUUGAGUGCACAGAAGAUAGGGCUUGUGUUGGGAACGCCUACAUUGCUGUAGACUGGGAUCCAACCGCUCUCCAUCUGCGCUACCAGACGUCGCAAGAACGGAUUGUAGAAGAACAUGAAAGUGUUGAACAAAGCCGACGAGCUCAAGCAGAGCCCAUCAAUCUCGAUAGCUGUCUUAGAGCCUUCACCAGUGAGGAGGAGCUGGGAGAGGAUGAGAUGUACUACUGUUCCAAAUGCAAGACCCAUUGUUUGGCCACCAAAAAACUGGAUCUGUGGAGGCUUCCCCCUAUUUUGAUCAUCCACCUGAAAAGAUUUCAGUUUGUAAAUGGCCGCUGGAUUAAAUCUCAGAAAAUUGUUAAAUUUCCCAGAGAAAAUUUUGACCCAAGUGCCUUUUUGGUACAAAGGGAUCCAAGUAAUUUUCAAAGAAAGCAGCUAACGCUCCAGGUUGACAGCCUUCCUGAACCACGGACUCUCCAAGGGGAGGCUAGAAAAACAGAUCUGCAGGCCACCUACACGCCAGGAGAAGGAGAUACACUGAACAGAAGUCCAUCCUCCCUUAACACUACUGUCUUGAAUAAUAUCAAAGCAUCUCCAUCUUUGGGGAGGAAGAGUGGAGCCAGCUGUCCUUCAAGUAAAAACAGUAGCCCAAAUAGUAGCCCAAGGACUUUAGGAAGAGGUAAAGGGCGUCUGCGGCUACCACAACUGGGCAAAAACAAACUCUCCAGUAGCAAAGAAAAUUUGGAUUCAAGUAAGGAGAACGGUACUGACCAGGAGCAGAGAUUCACUUCGGAUCAAGGCGAUGCUCUCACUAGAGGGCAGAUUCUGGGUGGUAGCCAGAGUGAGCUAUAUACUGCUCAGGACAGUGAGCUGACUCUAGCCAACGGAUACAUCUGCGAGCAGAACGCCUAUAGCAAUGGCAGCAUCAACGGUCAAAUCGACAACCACAGCGAGGAUGAUACUACAGAUGACCAAAGAGAAGAAGUUUGCGUUAACCCUAUUUACAAUCUAUAUGCAAUUUCGUGCCAUUCAGGAAUUAUGGGAGGGGGUCAUUAUGUCACUUAUGCCAAAAACCCGAACAACAAGUGGUACUGCUACAAUGACAGUAGCUGUAAGGAAUUGCAUCCCGAUGAGAUCGACACCGACUCUGCCUACAUUCUUUUCUACGAGCAGCAGGGGGUAGACUAUGCACAAUUUCUGCCAAAGAUAGACGGCAAAAAGAUGGCAGACACAAGCAGCAUGGAUGAAGAUUUUGAGUCAGAUUAUAAGAAAUACUGUGUUUUACAGUAAGCGGAUGAUCUUCCACGGACUGUUUUGAGAAUGUGAGGGAUAACAUCCUGAAACUUACGUUUGACAAAAAUGUUAUUGAAACAGAUAACCUAAAUGUAGUUAUUGUACCCUGUGAUCUGAAAGCACAAAAAGAAAACCCUAAUUAAAUAGCAGUUAAUAUAAAGAUAGUAUUGUUUUGUUCUGUUAUCUCACUACAUGCUCUAAACGUUUCUGAUGUUAGACAUCAGGCUGAGACUGCCAUUGGCCUUUAAAUAAAAUGGUUUGAGAAAAGCCAACUAGGACCAAAUAAGAGCUAAAUUAAAUAGUCCAAACAGGAGCUAAACGAAGUAGUGUAGAGUUUACCAACUGUUCUAACAAAUCCCUAAGGCUCUCUUUAGGUUUAAGAUAAUGGGGAAAAAAAAAAAAAAAAGUAGUGUUGUCUUUGGACAACACGAUAUUGCUACCUCCUUUUUCCUGCAGUUUUAUUGCAUUUUAUUGGCAAAACAGGGAAAGCAAGAGAAUGACUAGUGCACAGACUUAAAGAAUUAUCAUCGAGAGUAAGAAAAGUUUCCAGUUUUGCCACCACUAAUGUGUCAUUUGCUUUCUUUCUGUAUGUUGGGAGCACAACCAAAUCAUAAUUUGAGAAGAGAUUCAUUUCUACACUUGAAUGGUUUAUUAUAAUUGUGUUUUCUCCAUGUGUUGGCUGUGCAGAUCAACAUGUUUCAGGAAUGGCUUUUCUGCCUGAAGAGAGCUAUCUCAGACUGCUGAGAUGCCUCGAGAAGGAACUUCAGGUUGAAGAGAGUAGUUGUGAUUACACGCACGGUGUCUUAAAAUGUGCACAUUGCACAAAAUGUUCCCAGCUUUUGGAAAGAAAGAUGCUUGAGCUUAUGUUUCAUGACUGGUGUUGCUUUUAAAUUUGCACUUUUAAAAAUUCAUAUAAUUAAAUUCAAAAACAUGGUUUGUUUUUGUUGUUGUAAGGGCUCUGGAGUGAAUGGCUGUGAAUUAUCCACUGUGUAUUUCAAACAAAUAAGAAGCUGUGGCUGUCAGGUAGCUAUCGUAGCAUUCAUGGAUGGAUUUAUAUUUUUUUUUUUCAUUAUUGGUUUCAUAAUUUAAUGGAGUUUCUUCUUUUUUUUUUUUCCAAAAUUUGGUUGCCUUUUCAAAUUUUCUUUUUUUGCAACAGGUUAUGCAUAUACUUGCAGAUAAACCAGAAUUGCUUUCCAUGCCCUUGCAACAUGUCAGCAGGCUUAUUGCAUGAAGGAAAGCAUGACUGAGUCUGAGAAGAGACUGGAAAAAAAGAUGGUUAUUUUCUGAGUAGGCAUUUCUUUAAACAUUUUCAGUGUUAAAUUAUUUGCAUAUCUGAAUGAAGAUAAAAAGUUUCACUCUUCUGGCCUUUUGUUCUUCCGCUGAUUCUAAGAAGCUUACUAAUUUUUUCGUAUGUCAUCAUCCAAAUUCUUGAGAUUUUUGUAUCUUCGCUAACAAAAUUGACUUAUACAGUUGAUCUCUGAAAUAAAUGUUUGGAUUCGUUUUAAUGUGUUUUACAAGAAUGCCAAACCUACCAGUAAGUUUAUAAUUACCAGGAAGAUCUUUUAUCCAUUUAAGAAGUUGUAUCAGCUGAUCUUGCUGUCUUUACUCAGGCAAACACCUCCCGGCCUUUGCUGGAGGUCGUGCCUCUGAGGACAGCAGAUGGGUUCCAAAACAAGUAUCGUCUCAGUUGUAAAGUGUUGCUCCCUAUCCUAUAUGGUCUUUUAUCUUUAAACAUUGAGACUGAAGAAAAGUAAACAUGACUUGUGAAUUUCUAGGUUAGAAGCUUUUUUGACACCCGUUUGUCUACUCCUCCCUCUGCAAACUCCAUGAAAAGUGAAAGAUAUUCAACUGAUUUACUUUAAAAAGUUUUAUUUAAGCAGGUAGCACAAUCUACUAAUGUUAUUUGAUCUUCUGUGUUUGUUACGUUGGUUGUAAUUAAUUUUUUUAAAUUAAAUUAAUUCAUGAAUUAGUAGUAAAUUAAGUUAACUAUUAACUACAUUCACUUUGUAAAUUAUUGUAUAAAACUUAUUGACAAUGCACUGACUUUAGAAAGAUGUUAAUGUACAUAAAUACCUUGUAAAUAAAAUAGUGUUGAUGUACUGGAAUAUGAGCUGUAUUAAAAAAAAAAAAGUAUCAGUAAUUGUAUAUGGAGUGAACCUGUUUAUCUGUAACUAUAUUAUUCAAACAAAUUAAAUACUGUGGAUGCAGAUGAAGUGUCA